CACACAGGGAAGUGAAGACAAACUGACAGAAGUGUCCGAUAAGACCAUUAAGAAUUGCUAAACAUCUAGAAAAUCUUACUUUGGAUUUUAUUGUAUUUUUGCAGCGAUAAACAGGCAGAUGUGGACGGAAUGACCACAUUGACGAAGCGCAACCGUCGUGCGGAGGCUCCGGUGGAGAGCUGGAGUACUGCGGAGCAGAGGGAGGACAGGAGAGAUGUGAACUUUGAUAAAGAAGACGAGGACACAGACUCCAAAUCACUGAGACUCACACUGAUGGAGGAGAUUCUGCUGCUGGGACUCAAAGACAAAGAGGGCUACACAUCGUUCUGGAACGACAGCAUCUCGUCAGGGUUGCGCGGCUGCAUUCUGGUGGAGCUGACGCUGCGGGGUCGCAUUCACCUCGAACCUCAGCACUCACGUAAGAGAAAACUACUGGACAGGAAGGUGUUGUUUAAGUCAGCUGCUCCUACAGGUGAUGUGCUGCUGGAUGAAGCUUUGAAACACAUUAAGAACACUGAGCCGGCAGAGAGUGUGUCCAGCUGGAUUGACCUUCUCACAGGUGAGACGUGGAACCCCCUGAAGUUGAACUUCCAAAUCCGUAACGUUCGCGAGCGUUUAGCGAAGAAUCUGGUGGAGAAAGGCGUCCUGACGACAGAGAAGCAGAACUUCCUGUUGUUUGACAUGACGACGCACCCGUUAACGGACAGCAACGAGAAGGAGCGUCUGGUGCAGCGUCUGCAAGACAGUCUUCUCGAUCGCUGGACAAACGAUUCUCGCCGCAUGAGUAACCGAACGCUCGCGCUGAUCGUGCUGGCUCACUCCUCUGACGUGCUGGAAAAUGCGCUUUCAUCACUUCCCGAUGACAGGUACGAAAUCGCCUCCUCACGGUCCCGUGGCCUACUAGAAGCCGACCCCGACCAGGAGAGCGCAAAGGUAACGACCCCAGCGGAGGAGAUGAUCUGGGCCGUUCUGGCAGCUUUUAACAAAUCCUGAGAGAACAAGAACUGAUCUGUUUUCAUGAACUCGCUGGCGACCUCUUCAGGCAGCUUCGGAUGGGAAAAUGGUGGAGGGUAAAAUCUGUCGGAUUGGGUGUCAUGUGACUGUUGGAAACACACUUCACUGUUAUGAUGUUUAUUUGCUCAUCAACACGUCAUUGUUCUGUCCGUUGCAUCAAAGUAUGUCUGCCGCAUAGGGGAUUGUCCCAUAUUCAAAGAUGAAAUGAUGCAUCCCGUAUUUAAGCGGGAAAUCGUUCAAGAGGGACCACCUCAGCAGGGUAAAUUGAAUUUAACUUCAAUAUUCCUUGGAAAUUUAAGGUGGGUAAGGGACCGUCUGAAAAGGCCACACAUUGUGCUAAAAUGUGCUAAACCUCUGGAGGGGGCGUGGUAAGAGACCGUCUGAAACGCCAACAACUCUGCAUAAGAGUGUCCUGUAUUUUACAACUUCAAAAGUGGCAACCCUGAACGUGCCGCAUGAACACCGUUGUUUCAAAACCUAGUGAGCUGCGUAAUUGGCAUGAAAUGGUUUUGGGUAGUUGACAUUUCCUGUUAUUUGACACAUCUAAAACUAUUUUUAAAAAAGCAUUUUGUCCUGUCUUUUAUAGUUAUGCAUGCACCUUUAGUGAGCUCAUAUUAAAUAAGAGACUGCAUGCAAUAUUUGCACUUAGAUUUAUAUAUUUGGUUUAAGUGAUUAACAGUGCAUUUUCACAUCAGUAUGUGUGUUUGCUGAGAAUCAAACGUGUUUCCCUUGCAAUUAUUUUGGGUUCCCUCGCAAAAUAAAUUAACCAUGGGUUUACUAUAGUAAUAUUGCAGCAACCAUGACUGUAGUAACCAUGGUUAAUCUUGUAGCUACUAUGGUUUUACUACAAAUGCCAUGGUGAAACUGUAGUUACUAUAGUAAAAUCAUGGUACAUUUUCAAAAGGGUUAAAUGACCAAAGUUCAGGCAUGCAACUCUAGAUGGCGCCAGCUGGUAGGUUCUUUGAGCUUGUAUUUGUUAACCAUUUGAGUCGCUCACAUGUGACAUGUUAAGCCAAUCAACUCGCAUGGUGUAAGCUGAUUGGUCCUUUGACAUGUAUUCGGGUAGCCAAUCAGCUUGCGUCUCUUUCUUUGUUUAACAUUAAAAGUUCUCCGUUUUUCAGUUAAGCCGGUUUUACUGCAGUGCGCUACAAAAGCGCAGUUUUUCCUCGGAAAACUUCGUCCACUCCAGCUCCACCUUUCUAGAUCUGCUACAUGGGGACUGAAAAACUUACUAAAAAUGUACAACUUUUAGACCAACCCAUUCCUUGUGUCGUUGCAAACGCACAUUUUUCCUUUCUUCUGUGUUACACAAAACAUAUUUUGAGGCAAAGCUAAACCUAACAAUAAACUGUUACACCUUACCAACCCCUUAACAUCCAAAAAUCCCUGUUUGUAGCACGGAAGAAAGAGAUUUUUCCAGGUUUUGAACGGGUGAUCGUCAGAUUUUUCCUUAUUGUAGCCCCUAACCCAAACACCAUACCUAAACCUAACCAUAAAGUUGAAUGCGUACAAAUGCAUGUAUGCGUGCUUUUAAUUGGAUUGUUAAUUUAAUUGUUUUGUGUGCCACAGAAGAAUGGAAAUGUCAGGGUUUAGAAGGAGACGAGGGAAGUGUAUGUGUUUGGUUGUUGUAAAAGUCAAGUCUCGUGAUAUUGUACGAUUUCGCCGUCUAGUACAAAUUGUCAUGAGACUGCACUCCAAAAAAUAAAAAUGCUGAAUGAACGUAAAUUAAUUUGUUUUAACAAAAACAUUUUGAUUUAAUCUUGUCUUGUAUGAACUUAAAUUUAUUUGGUCAAAAAUGUGUUAAAAGUCAUCAUUUUAAUUAUGUCACUGAAAACGUCUUGCACAUGACUUUUGAAACAAGCAGUUUUAUAGACAAAUGGGAUUUUUUAUUUAUUUUUUUUCCCAAUUUCUCAUGCCCAAUUCCCAAUGCACUCUAAGUCCUCGUGGUGGCGUAGUGACUCGCCUCAAUCCGGGUGGCGGAGGACGAAUCUCAGUUGCCUCCGCGUCUGAGACCGUCAAUCCACACAUCUUAUCACGUGACUUGUUGAGCGCGUUACCACGGAGACGUAGCGUGUGUGGAGGCUUCACGCUAUUCUCCACGGCAUCCACACACAACUCACCACACACCCCACCGAGAGCGAGAACCAUAUUAUAGUGACCACGAGGAGGUUACCCCAUGUGACUCUACCCUCCCUAGCAACCGGGCCAAUUUGGUUGCUAAGGAGACCUGACUGGAGUCACUCAGCACGCCCUGGAUUCGAAACAAAUGGGAUUAUUAACAUCCAACCCACAAACCAAAGUAAUUGUGACACUCAACAACCAAAAUGACACAACUCAAAGGAACAAGAUGCACCACCAGUGCAAAAACCACAAUACAUAGAAAAGAUAAAAAAUCUAUUCAACAUUUUUACUAAAGCCGCAUUGCAUGCUGAGAACUGGACAGCAAAUGUACAUCUAGUUUGGCAAAAAAUAAUAAUAAUAAUAAUAAUAAUAAUAAAAAAGAAAAUAUAUAUAUAUAUAUAUAUGUAUGUAUAUGUGUGUGUAUAUAUAUAUAUAUAUAUAUAUAUAUAUAUAUAGUCCCAACACCAUUUUUUUAUGCAAACUGCCAUUUUGCAAAUUUAAGUGCAUUGCAUGCUAUAAAAUGUAGGUUUGGCAAAAUGUUUAAUAAUUGUGUUGCAGUAGCUUGGUUUAAUUAAGUAAUUUGAAAAAGCAGCAAAAAAAAAAAAAUAAUAAUAAUAAUAAUAUAUAUAUAUAUAUAUAUAUAUAUAAUUAUUAUUAUUAUUAUUAUAUUUUAUAUAUAUUAUUAUUAUUAUUAUUUAUUUUUAUUUUAUUUUUUUUAAAUUACGUGUGUUGAAAGGAAUGCAAAACUAUUUCAGAAAAUAAAUUCCCUACCUGUCCUCUAAGAGGCUCUGUAGGAACAGCCUUCACAUCGGGAGCAAGUUUAUGAUGCCUGAAAGUAUUGCCUAUUUAGGCAGCACACUAGGUUUUGGAACAGCGCUAGUGUUUUGUCAGUUUUUUGUGCUUGUCAGCUGUAGUUUUCACAAUCCACUGCAGCGUUCAGCAUUCUUCCAGUCUGAUGACUGACUUGCGUGUCGGAUGAAAUCAGCUGUUCACUUCUUCAUAUCCUGUGUGUUACAACUCAUACACAUCCUGUCACCAUGACAACAGCUGUUUGUGUUGCUCAAUGUUUUCUUUUCAUGUGCCAGCAUGAGUACAAAAGAUCAAAUGUAUUUAUUCAUGAAGACAGCGCAGGACAAAAGUUUAGACCCAAGAGUCAGAAUAAUAUUUGAUUCACUGAAGUAUACGCUGUUCUGUCAGAGUAAACAAAUGUUCUGGGUUUAAAACAGUAGUAUGUGAAAGAUGCUGUAAAUACUGUGAUCAUUACUUUUCUCCAGUUACACACGAGUAAUCUCUUUGAUUAAUUGAACAGCAGGAAAUGCUUGACGAAAGCAAUAAAUGCAAAAUCUGUGUUGUGGGAAGACUUUUUUUUACUGUAUAUGUACUGGAGCCAAAAGCCAAAUGAAGUGACAAUUAAAACCUCAAAAUAAUAAAAGAACAAACAGAAUAAAUGCACCUGUGUCUCUUGGUUUGAGCACUUCCCACACCCAAGGGUGUAGCCAGGUAAAUACUUUUGGGUGAGCCAAGUUUUCACCCACAUUUUUUAACCAAAUGUUUCUUAACAACAGAGAGGCAGCGCUACAGUUCUUACACACUUUCAGAAAUCAGAAUUGAUGCAUUUAUGAAACUAUUUUAGAAAUAUAUGAAGUCAAAGAACAAUUCUUAAGUCUAACUUUCAACUAUGAAACCUGCAUCGACCAGAACAGACCUCAUAAACAUUGUACAGACAACAGUAUAAAUGCAUAAAGUGAUAUAGAAAUAAAUUAAUACACUGAACAACAGAAAGAGGUGUAAACAAUCAGAGCGCAACAAAACUGUUUCAGUUUGAAGUAUUGGCAUGAUUGUUGUACCUACUGUAGUGCAUCAAUACACACAACAAAAAUAAAAUCAAACUUUAAGACAGAUGAACAAAAGACACACUCCUCCCAGUUGCUGCUUUGUGAAGUUCAUGAAUAAACUACAGGAGGGUUGAUCUUCGUUAUAAAUAGUUGAAUAAACAUAUUGUUCUUUUCAAACGGCAUUGAAUAAUUGUUUUGUGAAUGAACUCAAACACAUCUUAUAUUGCCUAUAUAGUGUUUGUGCAGAGUACAACUGUAGGUAUUUUUAGAUGUACAAUAUUGUAUUAUAUGGUCACUUUAUGAAGCUGUAUAUCGGUCAGGUUUUUACUUUGG